GGGAAAACAUAUACUCCUCGGAGCACGGCAGCAAUGGCGGCGGAGAGACCCAUCCCUCAGCUGAUCGAAAGCUUCAAACCAGCCGGGGCCGGCGGGGACAGCUCCACGGGCAACGGGGCGGGGAAGAAAGGUGAGAGAGAAGAGGAGGAAAGAACAAAAGUACAAAAGAUCAUCGAAGGAAAUAGUGAGCUCUUCACGGACACUCACUGCAAAGUGUGUAACGCUGUGCUGAUAUCAGAGUCCCAGAGACUAGCACAUUACCAGAGCAAGAAGCAUGCUAAUAAAGUACGUCGCUAUGAGGAGCUCCAUCAAGAUGGUGAACCAGUUGCCAAAAUAAUAAAAAAGGAUUCUACUGACAGUAGCAAUGGAGAAGUGGAUCGGAAUAAGUAUUGUCCUCUAUGUAAUAUGACUUUUACAUCGCCAGUUGUUGCCCAAUCCCAUUACCAGGGAAAAAACCAUGCAAAAACUCUGAAACUGAAACAGAAGCAAGAUGAAAUAACCCCAGCAUCCUCUGCUGCCCCAAAGGCAAAGAAAGAAAAUGCCCCAACUUCUGCUGUGCAGUCCAAUGUUGAACCUGGGAGCAGUGAUCCUGACAAGUACUGUAGUCUGUGUCAAGCUUUUUUUAACCAUCCUGCUAUUGCUAAACAACACUAUGUGGGUAAAAGACACAAGAAGCGUGAGACAAAAGCAAAGUUGUUGGAGCAACUGGGGCAAACUGAUAAUAACUCUGCUGCUGCUAAAGGCUAUCCCUGUAACACCUGUAACAUUGUUCUGAACUCAAUAGAACAGUAUCAGGCACACAUCCAGGGAACCAAACACCAGAACCAGUUGAAACCUAACGAAUUUACUGCAGAAGAUGAUGAGGGGGGCUUUGAACUUUUUGAAGAAGAUGUCAUCUAACAAUGUUGGUAUGGUGCUCUCCUCAUCAGUGAAUGUUCCUCAUGCAGAGGCCUGUUAGCCUAUGUUCAUGUUUGGAUCUGCAUACUGUUCAGAAAACACUUCUACUGAUUCAACAACCCAUAACGCAGAGCCCUAGGGCCCAAUUUGUUCAUUCUUAAUUUGAAGUUUAUGCAAAAAGCUGAAGAGAUUGGGAGUAAAAGAAUUACAUGUAAAGCAGCAAAUGGUACUUUUCAUCAUUUGUUUAGCUGUAGAGAUGCUUACCUGGCUGUAGCCCUGUUUCUUAAGCUCAGUAAAGUCAGUUUCAUUCUUGACAGGAAACGUCGGUACAAAUGAAUAAUUCUAAAUGCUGUACAACUAGUUUGGUAGCCUUUGAAUUGCAGCCCAGGUAAGACGAAGACAUUGUUUGUAAAUCAUUGCACUGAUGUCCCAUGACCUGAUUGUUCUUCUUUCAUCAUCCCAUUUAAGUAAUCCAACAUUAACAACUUUUUAGCUGUCUCCCUGCAACAUGAAUUUUAACUGGUUAAUGUUAGGCUGUUCAUGGAGGCACUGAAUUGUGGUUGAGAUGCAGGCUUUUUAAUUGAUGGGACUAACCCUGGUUAUCAUCUCUUCCACUUUUCAGAAAUUGCUAAUGCAAAGGCUGUGUAUAUGAUUGUAGCAUAAAUGCUGCUAGAGAAAUCUGUGCCCCAUUUCUGACUUGUUUCUGUAUUUGAUUAUUAAAUUGCCAUUCUUGUCUGUUAUAACUGGUAAUUAGCAUAUCACUCAAAUAAUUCUCAAACUAAUCACUCAUUUAUAUACAAUUGUUUAUUUUGAUUUGCGACACAAUGGAAAAUGGUUCAGUAGAGCACCUUAGAGAUUUAUGUGACUAUCUGAAAAGGCAGUAUCUAGCAGUUACUGUAGCAUUUAACAGGGAUAAUUAGUGAUGGUACUACUAUUCCUAACUGAUGAAACAUUAUUUUAAGUAGUCCAAAUUGUCAACCAAAACCAAGGCUGCAGUUCAAACUUUGUUUUUACCAUGUUUGUUUUUAAAUUGGGUUUGUUUUGAUGUCCCUCUAAAAUAUCCCCUCAUCCUAGCAAUCCUUUAAAUUAAGGGCUGCCUCUAAGUCACCCUGAGUGCUGCAUACAUUUCAGAGCCAAACAUUCUUUCAGAUUGGCUGACUUACAGUGAGAAAUCAGGAGAGACCUGGAGUGAGUACAUAUGCAACAAAUGUUAAUAUUUGGGAUGCCAUUUUUAAAAAAGUAUGUUUGGUGUGUUCUGACUCUAUAUUUUGUUUAUGUUUGUGUUUUUUUUAAUUACUUGAUCUAUAUUGGGGAACAGAAGGGAAACUCAUUUCAUUGUCAUUGUGAUUGAAAACAUCUGUUCUGAACUGAACAAGACUGGACCCAGGAGCUCAGUGUACUCUUCCACACUUACAUAAUUUGGGUGUCUGUUGUAAACAUAUUGACCUUUUUUCCUUUGUUUCAUUUACAUACUUAGACCUCACAAGAUUUGUUGAAAAAUCUGUGACCCUUGACAGUUUUUGUAUUUUUAUUCUCUUCGUGCACAAUAAAUGUAGAAUUAGUUUCCCUA